UGUUGAGUUAACGUUUGACCUGUCUGGAUUGGGCAGUAGUGCUCACACUACAGUCGAAGGAGUGAAACGGGAACUCUUAAGCAAGAGUCUCAUCCCUGAAGCUCAUCAUGGCACAUCCCACAAUGCACCUGCUGCUGCUCAGCCUCCUCAUCGCCACCGCUGCUGGGAAAGGCCUGGAGAAGGGACCACUAGAGAACAAGGUUCUAGACGUACCAGAGGGGACACCUGUACCCUACGCCCUCUACCAGUUCCAAGCGUCCCACGUUGAGGUUGAUGGGUUCAGAUUGACAGGAGAGACUGAAGGAAAGAUCAGCAUCUCAGAGGACGGCUGGCUCUACCUGGAACAGACCCUGGACUGGGCCCACACACAGACACAUACUCUGGAGCUGGAGGCCUUAGUGGGUUCAGAACCAGUAGAAGGUCCAGUCAUCAUCACCAUCAACGUGUUGGAUGUCAACAACCACGCCCCGUCCUUCAACCAGACUGACUACAUCGGCAUCGUCAAGGAACGUACCCCCGCAGGUGUUCCAUUUGCGCGUGUGUUUGCUACUGACCUGGACGACCCAGAGUCUCCCAACGCCCAUCUGAGUUACACCUUGGUCUCCCAGAUCCCCAAUAGAGACAACACCCUGUUCUUCGAGAUCAACAGCAACACAGGAGAGAUUUCUACUACUGCCGAGGGAGAGCGUCUGCUGAAGGCCAGAGAAAGUGUUAUUCAUUCCAGAGGAGGGGACUUCAGUGAUUCUCUGAAGAAGAGGUUUGAUGACUACUGCACCCCCACAGGGGACAUCCCUUAUGAACUCAACCCCUUCUACAGCUGUGUGCAGAGAGCAGAGUCUCGGAGGCUGAACCCUCUGGAAGACCCAGACUUCACUCUGAUUGUUCGUGUGGAGGACAUGGGCGGGGAGUCGGUGAACGCUCUCAACGGUAACGCGAGGGUUAAAAUUGUCGUGCAGGAGAACCUGUGGGUCAAUCCUGGACCGAUCAACCUCAGAGAACAGUUGAAAGGGAUAUACCCCAUGCCCAUCGGCAAGGUCCAGUCUAAUGAUCCCAGUGCCUUCUACAGGCUGGUACAGAAAGAACGGGAGCUGACGUUCCCCUUCAAUGUCACGGAGGAAGGAGACAUUCUGCUGACUGAGGAGCUGGACAGAGAGGACAAGGCCAUGUACAUCCUGGUGGUGUUUGCUGAGGAUAGCUAUGGUAACCAGGUAGACCCUCCCCUGGAAGUGCAGGUGGUGGUGGACGAUGUGAAUGAUAACGCUCCAAUCUGUGAGGAGGAACUCAGUGUGUUUGAAGUGCAGGAGAACGAACCCACAGGCAGCCCAGUCGGACAUCUGAUGGUGCAUGAUGCUGAUGAUGACAACACACCCAACGCACUGCUCUCCUAUUCGUUGGUGACGCAAACCCCUUCCUCCGUCUUUACCAUUGAUAGCAUCAGCGGCCGCAUCCAGGCCAAGCAGAUGCUCCAACGCAGAGAUGCAACAGAGUACCACCUCACUGUCAGAGUAAACGACCCAGGUUUCAGCACAGAAUGUAAGGUCCUCAUCAAGGUUAUCGACAUCAACAAUGAGCUGCCCAUCUUCGAGAUGAAUGACUAUGGUAGUCACAUCCUGUCUGAAGACACAGCUCUUGGCCACACCCUCCUGACAGUGAAAGCCACAGACGCUGACGACCCUGGAACAGGAAGCUCCCGCAUCGAGUUCCACAUAACCGCUGGCAACGAAGAUGGAGUUUUCGCCAUGGAGACAGACGACAAUGGGGAGGGCAGGCUAGUUGUUGCUAAGCCUCUGAACUAUGAGACUGCUUCCUCCUAUAAGCUACAGAUUGAUGCUCGUAACCCAGAGCCGCUGGUGAGCGGUCUCAAGUACGGCGCUGAGUCGUCCGCCGUGGUCUCGGUGGCGAUCAGUGAUGUUGAUGAGGCUCCAGUGUUUGACAUGGACAUUCUGGAUGUCACGGUGCCAGAGGACACCAAGGAGGGAGCUACGCUGCUCAAAAUAGACGCCAAGGACCCAGAGGGAAAAGAGAUACUGUUCAAGAUGGAGGGAGACACUAAGGGUUGGUUGGAGAUUGAUCCUGCUACUGGAGAGAUAAAGAUAAAGAAUAAAGCUGUGCUGGACAGAGAGACGGUGGAGGCCUUCCACUUUACUGUUGUCGCCUUCGAGAAAGCCAAUCCAGAGCUGUCCACAGAGCGCGAGGUGUCUGUGAGGCUGCUGGAUGUGAAUGACAAUGUCCCCAAGCUGACAGAGAACCAGGCCUUCAUCUGUGUGAAGAAGCCCCAGCCUAUAGUCCUGACGGCCCUGGACGCGGACGCAGACCCCUUCGGAGCACCUUUCACAUUCAGCCUGGUCCAGGGCAAGAAGUCCCCCAACUGGGACCUAAGCGCUGUGGACGGUACGUCUGCUAAACUGACCCUGAAGAAAUCUCCCAGCGAGGACAAAACCUUCCUAAUCCCCAUCAACAUCAAAGACAACGCUGGCAUGGGCAUCACACAGAAGUUUGAGGUGCGAGUGUGUAACUGCACAGAGUUGGGAUACUGUUUCACCGAGCCGGGCGUUCAUGCAGGGGUGUUAGGAAUGCCCACCACCAUCGGAAUCCUGGCUGGAACUGUCGGAUUCAUCGCCCUGGUCCUGAUCAUCGCUUUCCAUCGUAUAAAGAAGGACAACCAGAUGAAAGCCUUGCUGGGAGAAACGGACGCCAUUCUCUAGAAACAUAUGAGAUAGCAUGUGUUUGUUUAAUUGUUAUAUUUCUGAAGAACAGAUCUACUUUGAUUGGUUGUAUGCAUGUUAUAAAUACUACCUGGUUUCAUCAUAAUCAUGCGCUCAUGCAGCUCAAUAACUUAUUUCCCUUGUCAGUGAAUUUUGUCUGUAUUUAGAAUUUAGACUGUCCAUUCUCAGCUAGUGUGUAUGACUGGCUGUGCACUGUGUGAUGGUUCAAACACCCCAUUUCAAGCUGCAUGCUGUAAUUGUGUAGACUGUUGCUCAGAGACUUUAGUUCACUGUUUGGCUCUGACUGAUGUUUGUGGUUGAUACUGUCUUUAUACUGAUACUCCAUGAUGUUUUUUGAUGAGGCCUGAUAUUAGUGAAGAUGCUAGCUAGCCGAGGGUUAAAUUAGGACGGUUCCACCACUCUAGAAAGGGAGAAAGACUGCCUACAAUAAAGAGUAGAAAUGACCAUGGAAAAACAACCGAUGUUGGAGACAGUUCCAACACCUAAACAUCCCUCAGUUUAACCCUUAGUGUUAACUGUUUGACAAGCCCAGUGUAAAUGAGUGCCUGGUAAAUGUCUGAGUGUGUACCAAGGUUAUUAUAGUUUUGUGAUUUUCUAUUCAAUUUUAUUUCUAUUCGUUUUUCAAUUAAAAAAAGAAAUUCAGUUUAGUUUCCAUUCGGUUUUAGACUUGAUUUACUAGUUUUUAUUCUGUUUCAGUACGAUAAAAAACAUAUUUUGUUUUUAUACUAUUCGGUUGUAGUUUCGGUUUCAGUUGUAGUUUCAGUUUCAGUUGUAUUUUUGUGUGUGAAGGGACAGAAAGUAGCCUCAAGUGUCCUUAAGCUAGGGGCCAUGUAUGUGUUGUAGGACUAUAGCAGGGUACUCCAGUACUAUUUGAGAUGGUCCGCUCACACACAUUUCCUAGGUGGCAAAAGUCCUGAUGGAUAUUUUCAUUUAUCGGCGUAGUAACAAACCCCCACAUCACAAUCCAUUCCACACCAAACUGUUCAAACCGAUCACACCCUUCUUGUUGGUAGAGAGAAUCAUUUGUCGUUUUAAAGCUCAUUGUCGGCUAUUCUACAUAUUAUCCACGUCUUAUACGUGUUCACAUGAUACCGGGAGUCGAAUCCUUAGCGAAUUACAAAAAUAAAACAAUAGCUAUCUCCCCGUCUUUAUCCUGAAAUUCUUUGUGGGUGCUGUACAGAUGAACUUUGAGGUUGUGGGAUGCAGGGUGGUAGUGGGAUGCAGGGUGGUAGUGGGAUGCAGGGUGGGAUGCAGGGUGGGAUGCAGGGUGGUAGUGGGAUGCAGGGUGGUAGUGGGAUGCAGGGUGGUAGUGGGAUGCAGGGUGGUAGUGGGAUGCAGGGUGGUAGUGGGAUGCAGGGUGGUAGUAGGAUGCAGGGUGGUAGUGGGAUGCAGGGUGGUAGUGGGAUGCAGGGUGGUAGUGGGAUGCAGGGUGGUAGUGGGAUGCAGGGUGGUAGUGGGAUGCAGGGUGGUAGUGGGAUGCAGGGUGGUAGUGGGAUGCAGGGUGGUAGUGGGAUGCAGGGUGGUAGUAGGAUGCAGGGUGGUAGUAGGAUGCAGGGUGGUAGUGGGAUGCAGGGUGGUAGUGGGAUGCAGGGUGGUAGUGGGAUGCAGGGUGGUAGUGGGAUGCAGGGUAGUAUGCUGCCAGCCAGCAUACCACCCUGCAUCCCACUGCUGCCAGCCAGCAUACCACCCUGCAUCCCACUGCUGCCAGCCAGCAUACCACCCUGCAUCCCACUGCUGCCAGCCAGCAUACCACCCUGCAUCCCACUGCUGCCAGCCAGCAUACCACCCUGCAUCCCACUGCUGCCAGCCAGCAUACCACCCUGCAUCCCACUGCUGCCAGCCAGCAUACCACCCUGCAUCCCACUGCUGCGUACCACCCUGCAUCCCACUGCUGCGUACCACCCUGCAUCCCACUGCUGCGUACCACCCUGCAUCCCACUGCUGCGUACCACCCUGCAUCCCACUGCUGCGUACCACCCUGCAUCCCACUACUGCGUACCACCCUGCAUACCACUACUGCAUACCACCCUGCAUCCCACUGCUGCGUACCACCCUGCAUCCCACUGCUGCAUACCACCCUGCAUACCACUACUGCAUACCACCCUGCAUACCACUACUGCAUACCACCCUGCAUACUACCCUGCACCCUGAUCCCCAGGGCAGUGAAGGGGACAUUGCCCUGUGUAGAGUGCUGUCUUUUGGAUGUGAUGUUAAUAAACGGAUGUCCUGACUCUCUGUGGUCAUUAAAAAAGCCCAUUACUUAUCAUAAGAGUAAGGGUGUUAACCCUGAUGUCAUGACAAAAUUCCCAACCUGGUCCCAUUCCCAUCAUGACCACCUCAUCACCCCCCUCUACAAUGUAAAGCCAUUGGAGUACCUCAGUUGGUAGAAAAGUGAUAUAUAAAGCCAAUAAAGGAUUAUUAGCUUCAAUACAUUUGCUUUUGUCCUUCCCAGCAAUGUACUCCAAAUAAUCCCAUACAGGGCUUUGUGUUUUGCAACCAACCACUGCUGGUGUUGUGUUUGCUGCUGCCAUUGUUCUCGCUCAUGCUUCCUGCUCGCCCUCAGAUUUCUUCCGUUAGCUAGCGAUGCAGCGAUGCACCAGCUAGGCCUAUUUGAAACAUCGCCAUCUACUGGCAGCAUUUCCCCUCCAGAUUCAGAAGUUCGAAAACCCCAUUAGAGAAAAAAGCUUCAAAACCAAAUGAGAUUUUUAUCCAAAGUUUAGAAGGAAAAAAACAACAACUGAACACAAUUCAUGAUGGUUUUAAUUAUAGUUUAGUUUGUUUUGCAGUCAAAGAUAAUAGUUCCAGUAUAAUUUUCGUUUUUCAGUUUACUCAAUUGUUUUUCCAAUUUUUGUUUUUAUUUAAUUUUCAUUUCAGUUUUCAUUUACUAUUAUAACCUUGGUGUGUGCAACACAGUAAUGGAGAGAGGAGUGGGGAAAAUGUCUGUCUGAAUAAAGGCUAUCUGGACCUAC